UCUGAAGUCACAGGCCAGCUGAAGAGCAGCGUAGAGUGAUUAUUGCCGAUAUUUUGAGUGAGUCAUGUCAUGUUGUAGUCUCUUCAACAUCUCAACUAAACUCAUGGGGACCUCUUUUGUGCUGUUUUCUUCUGCUGUGAUUUAGUCUCCUCCAAUAACAAAUUUGCCAGACCUGGAAGCACACAGAAAAAGGUACCUUGUGCAAAGAUGUCAAAUGCAUUGACAUUUAUCUUGCUCUUCCUAUUUCCAUUACUGCUGUCAGGAGCUUGGUUUCCCAAAAGUUUACCCUGUGAUGUUAAAGCCUCUGAAGGGACUGUGGCAGUGGACUGCACCUAUCGUCGUCUCAACGAUGUUCCCAAGGGGAUCCCUACAAAUGCUACCAACCUUACCCUGAGUAUUAACCAUAUUCCCCAUCUCUAUCCAACAUCCUUUGCUCAUCUUAAAAACCUUGUGGAGAUUGACUUCAGAUGCAACUGUGUGCCUAUCAGAAUGGGGCCCAAAGAUCAUGUGUGCAACACAGGACCAAAUAUCGAGAAUGGCAGUUUUGCUGUCCUGCCAAGAUUAAAGUCAUUGUAUUUGGAUGCAAACCAGCUUUUGGAAAUACCUCGAGGUCUUCCUAGUACUUUAAGUCUGCUGAGCCUGGAAGCCAACAGUAUCUUUUCUAUCCAAAAAGCUAAUUUGUCAGAGCUAGGAAACAUUGAAAUGUUGUAUCUGGGACAGAACUGUUACUACCGUAACCCAUGCAAUGUUUCAUUUGAAAUUGAAAAAACUGCCUUUCUGGAGCUGAAAAAAUUAACAAUACUAUCCCUGAAGUCUAACAACUUAACUCAUGUUCCACCCAAUUUGUCAUCUACUUUAAAGGAAUUAUACAUUUACAACAACAUGAUUCAAGAGAUUCAAGAACAGGAUUUAAGUGACCUUCACAACCUAGAAAUUCUUGAUCUAAGUGGCAAUUGCCCACGUUGCUAUAAUGCACCAUAUCCUUGUACUCCCUGCCCCAAGAGCUCAAUUGAGAUACAUGCAAAGGCUUUUCACUCCUUGAAAAAUUUAAGGAUCUUGCGACUUCACAGUAACUCUCUGCACACCAUACCCAGCAGCUGGUUUAAAAACAUCAGGAAUCUCAAAGAGCUUGACCUCUCCCAGAAUUUCCUCAUAAAAGAGAUUGGAGAUGCUCAGUUUUUGAAGUUUAUCCCCAGCCUUGUAGAGCUUGAUCUGUCCUUUAAUUUUGAGCCAAAGAUGUAUCCAUCGUGCUUGAAUCUGUCUAAGACAUUUUCCUCCCUCUUAAAUCUGGAAACCCUCAGGCUCAGGGGUUAUGUCUUUAAAGAACUGAGAGAAGGAAAUCUAGGUCCAUUGCUCAAUCUUAGAAAUCUAACAGUGUUGGAUCUUGGGACUAAUUUUAUUAAAAUUGCUGACCUGAGAAUGUUCCAGCAAUUCCCAGCUCUUAAGUUCAUAGACCUCUCAGUGAAUAAAAUUUCUCCUUCUUCAGGUGAAAGUAACUCUAAUGGGUUUUGCUCUAAUCCUAGGAUUUCACUAGAGCAAUACAACAGGCAAAUAUUACAAGAGAUGCAUUAUUUCAGGUAUGACGUGUAUGGUCGAAGCUGCAGGUCCAAAGACAAAGAGGCUGCGUCCUAUGAAUCUUCAGUUAAUGAAGAGUGCCUGAAAUAUGGAGAAACUCUAGAUUUGAGUAGGAACAAUGUUUUUUUUAUUAACCCCUCAGACUUUGAGGGACUUAGUUCCCUCAGAUGUCUUAACUUGUCAGGUAAUGCAAUAAGUCAAACUUUAAAUGGAAGUGAAUUUUCCUACUUGUCUGGUUUGAAAUAUCUGGAUUUUUCUAACAAUCGGAUUGACUUGCUCUACCCAACUGCUUUCGAAGAGCUAAAACUUUUAGAAAUUCUUGACCUGAGCAAUAACAAACAUUAUUUCCUGGCAGAAGGUGUUACUCACAUGCUUAGUUUUAUGAAGGACUUGACCCAUCUGAAGAAGCUGAUGAUGAAUGAGAAUGAGAUUUCUACUGCUGCAAACACAGGAAUGGAAAGCCAUUCCCUCCAGAUUUUAGAAUUCAGAGGAAAUCGUUUAGAUAUUUUAUGGAUGGAUGGGAAUGCCAGGUACGUGUCAUUCUUCAAAAAUCUGACCAGCCUCGAACAACUGGAUAUUUCCUUCAACUCACUGAGUUUUAUACCUCCUGAUGUUUUUAAAGCUAUGCCUCCGGAACUCAAGAUCCUCAACUUAACCAAUAACAGGAUGAAAAGUUUCCACUGGGGCAGCCUGACAUAUCUGAAGAAACUAGUGACCUUGGACCUGAGCAAUAACCUUUUGACUGCUGUUCCCCGAGAACUGUCCAACUGCUCUUCAACGCUUGAAGAACUGAUGCUCCGAAACAAUCUCAUUCAACAUCUAAGUAAACAUUUUCUCCGAGGUGCUUUUAAGUUGAAAUACUUGGACCUAAGCUCAAAUAAGAUUGAAAUGAUUAAAAAGUCUAGUUUCCCUGAAAAUGUCAUUAACAACCUGAGGGUGCUGCUUUUGCAUGGCAAUCCUUUCAAGUGCAAUUGUGAUGCCGUGUGGUUUGUUUGGUGGAUCAAUCAGACUCAAGUGACUAUUCCUCUUCUGGCCACAGACGUGACCUGUGCUGGCCCAGGGGCACACAAAGGAAAGAGCGUGGUUUUCUUGGAUCUGUAUACCUGUGAGCUGGACACCUCGUACUUGAUCCUGUACGCUCUGUCACUUGCUACUCUCCUCGGCUUUAUGGUGUUCACAGUGACGAGCCAUCUCUAUUUCUGGGAUGUGUGGUAUAGUUACCAUUACUGCACUGCCAAGCUGAAGGGCUAUCAGCGUUUAUCUUCACCAGAUUCUUGCUACGAUGCUUUUAUUGCCUAUGACAAUGAAGAUCCAGCUGUGAAUGAGUGGGUGCUGACAGAACUGGUUGAAAGGCUGGAAAAUCAAAAAGCCAGACGUUUCAAUUUGUGCCUGGAAGAAAGGGACUGGCUCCCAGGACAGCCAGUCUUUGACAACCUAUCCCAGAGCAUUCAGCUGAGCAGAAAGACCAUAUUUGUGCUGACCAAGAAGUAUAUUAAAAGCGGCAGCUUCAAGACCACAUUUUACAUGGCCCACCAGCGGCUUCUAGAUGAAAAAAUGGAUGUUAUUAUCUUGAUAUUUCUUGAGAAGGCUUUGCAGAAGUCCCGCUAUGUGCGGCUGAGGAAGAGGCUGUGCAGAAGUUCUGUCCUGGAAUGGCCGACUAACCCUCGAUCUCAGCCCUACUUCUGGCAGUGCCUGAAAAAUGCAGUAGCUACGAGCAGUGCCCUGGCUUACAACAAGCUACUCCAAGAAACUGUUUAGCUCUACCCUUCCCUGUAAGUAGUCUUAUGAGGCACAGUGUGCAGAAGAUCCUAAGCUUCAUUUGGAGAAGCUGUUGAAGCGUGGAGCAUAAAUGUAAUUGUGAUAGUGUAUCCCAAAACAAAAUGCACCUUUGGUGACAAAGCGGAUGGUUCACUUGUUUUGCUACAACAAGACUGAACAGCAACUGUUGUCAGCACAGAUGUUUAGCGAACAUGUGCCUGGCUUGGCAUCAUUUGCUGCACAGCAAGAGAAGAUGCACUACUCACUGGAAGUCCCUAAUUUAGAACAGAAUCAGUGCUUCCACUUUCUAGUUUGCUGGAGGUCUCCAGUGUUGCCUGUGGUUGGGUCAAGUGUUGCUGAGACACUUGCUCCGCUUACUCUAGUACACAGACUGCCGGGAGGAGUUUGAGCGUGCCUAAAGUUGCUGCUGUUCAGAUCACUGUUGGAGUAAAUGUGAUUUUAAUAGUAAACUGUAUUUUCUGCUUGGAGUAUUUAUGAAACACAAGAAGAUUUCCUGACGCAUUCCUCAAAAACACCUUAAGCAAUGCCGAUGCUUUGAUUUUAGGAGUUAGGAAAAUGUGAGAAUAAUUAUCUUUUCAUCUUGGGCUUACAGCCGCUGAGCCUACUGCUUCUGUCUGAUUGGGAAAUAAUUCUAAUAGCUGCAGAAAGGAACUUCUGGUGGGAGUGCUUGUCAGGGGCUUGGGUGUGAUACAGGAGCUCUCCUGCUCUUGCAUUACCCAAAGCUGAUAAAUAUGAAUAUACUGUGAAGAAUUGGUAUGAUCUAAAAUAGGAAGGUAUGAGAGAAACAAAUUCAGAAUGGUUUGUAGGUUGUGGGUCUGAAGGCAUUACAAGAUAAAGGGAGUCCUUGUGCAUGGGCUUGCUGUAUGGGAAUGGGCAGGGGUAGCAGGACAUCAUAUCAGCUGAUGGAGAGGCACAAGACAGAUGGAAAAUCAAGUAAAAAAAAGAGAAAGUGGGUAGCGACAAAGACAGGAAGAUAGAAAAGAAAAAGUGAAAGAAGAAUAGUUUGAAAGAAUAGAGGAUAAUACAGCCAAAUUAGCACAUGAUAGAAAUCAAGAAGCAUUUACUGAUAAUUCCCAGUUUACCCUUUCAUUCUGCCUUUCACCUGCCUCCUUGGCUCUUGACUGAGCUAGGUACUCCCUGUGGACUUAAGUCACCUCUCCAGUGUUGUGCUAUUGGCUUUAAGAGCUCUGCUUUCUCACUUCCACCCAGGUUCUGUGUUACAAUCCCUUAUGUAUCAACUGAGAUGAUGUUAUCAAGUUUAGCUUGGGCUGAGGCCUGAGGACUAGUGGCUGGCCUGCCUCCACAUGCCCAGACUUUCUCCAGAACAAAAUUCAGAUACUCAAAAUGCAAAACAUAUAAGACCAAUUCAUACAAGGAAAGGAUCCAUCCUAUAGUUUCUUUAGCCAUGGCGUGCUAUUCCAGAGCAGCCUCAAUCCCUCCUUUGCCUCCUUGUUCCCUAAGCAGGUCCCUUUCCCUCAGCGGUUUGCUGGGGCAUCACUAGAAACCUGAGCUGAGAAUAGGUUUGAGUUUAGAGACAUCCUGAAAAAGGGAAGAAGUACUGCUCAAAAGCAUAAACACUUAAGCCUGUUCCCUACUCUGGUUCACAGCAAAACCUCAUCAAACACGUGGUAGUAUUUCAGCUGAAGUCUUUUUUAAUUGUAAACUAUCCCUCUGUGCUUGGCACAGGUGGGGUCUCUGCAUGCCGUCAUGAUCUCUGUUUUGAGAGCAGCAGCAUGCUCUCCCCUUGCCAGGCACUUCUGUCCACAACGCAGUACGGGCUCUUCCUCUCUUUCUCAAAGCCCUUCUUGUUUUCUGGCAAUGAGCCUCAGUGACAGUUCUGGCCACUGGUGAACCAACAUUGCUAACUGCUUUGAACCUGCUGCAGUCAACAUGCAUUGUUAGAAUUAUCGAUCUUGGGAGGUAGCUGACAGGUAAAAAGUAGUGUCAGGACCCUAGACCUCAGAGAGGCAAACUUUUGGCUGUUUAGAGAACAAGUGUGUGGAAUCCCUUGAGAAAAUGCCCUCAGAGGUAAAGGAGCAAAUGAGACAUGAGAGAUAUCCCAAUGUGUAAUAAGUCAGGAGCGGGAGGCAGGAGGCUAACUUGGUUAAGCCAUCACUUCUUAGCCAAACUGAAACACAAAACCAAAAUGCAUAUGCAGUGGAGGCAGGGAUAAAUAUCCUGGAGAGAUUACAGGAACAUGGCCCAAGCAUGCAGGGAAAGGGAACAUAGAAUCAUAGAGUCAUAGAAUAGUUUGGGUUGGAAGGGAUCUUAAAGAUCAUCCAGUUCCAACCCCCCUGCCAUGGGCAGGGACAGCCCACUAGAUCAGGCUGCCCAAGGCCCCAUCCAACCUGGCCUUGAACACCUCCAGGGAUGGGGCAGCCACAGCUUCCCUGGGCAACCUGUGCCAGUGUCUCACCACUCUCACGAUUAAGAAAUUCUUCCUUAUGUCUAGGCUAAAUCUGCCCCUCUCCAGUUUCUACCCAUUGCCUCUAGUCCUAUCACUACAAGAGUUAGUGAACAGUUCCUCUCCAGCUUUCUUGUCGCCCCCUUCAGAUACUGGAAGGUCGCUAUAAGACUUCCUGGGAGCCUUCUCUUCUCCAGGCUGAACAAGCCCAACUCUCUCAGCCUGUUCUCAUAUUGGAGGUGCUCCAGCCCUUUGAUCAUUUUCGGCUUUUUCGGCGACAUCCAGCAGCAGGACGCCCUCCUCUGAACUUGUUCCAACAGUUCCAUAUCCUUGUUGAGGAUUCGAGAACUGGACACAAUACUCCAGAUGAGGAAAGCCAAGGCCCAGCUGGAGAUGAACUUGAUUAGGGAUGUGAAAAAUAACAAGGAUUUCUUCAGGUACAUAAAACAACAAAGAUGAAAGAAACUAUAUCCCCUGAUAGAUGGAAGACCUGUCUACAACCAACAUGGAAAAGGCUGAGGUACUUUUUUGCCUUGGUCUUCACCACCAUGUGCUCUAUCCACAACAUCCAAUUCACAGAAUGCAAAGGCAGGAACAGUGAUAAUGAAGUACUGCCCACCACUGGAAAAGAUCAAGUUCAAGACCUUCUAAAGAACCUGAAGGUACACUUCUUGAUGGGAUGCAUCCAAGGAUCCUGUAGGAACUAGUGGAUGAAGUUGCUAAGCCACCACCCAUCAUAUCCGAAAAGUUGUGGUAGACUGGUGAAGUUCCCCAUAACUGGGAAAGGGGAAAUAUAAUUCCCAUUUUUAAAAAGGGAAAAACAAAGACCUAGGGAACUACAAGCUGGUCAGUCUCACCUCUGUGCCUAGCAAGAUCACAGAGCAGAUCCUCCUGGAUACUAUGCCAAAGCACGGGGAAAAGAGAGGUGAUUGUUGACAGCCAAUAUGGCGUCACCAACGGUGAAUUGUGCCUGACAAAUUUGAUGCCUUUCUACAACGGGGUUUAAAGGGGGAGUCCUUUAAUUACUUCCCAUAGAAAGAUGGGAAGGGUCUCUUUAUCAGGGAGUGUAAUGAUAGGAUGAGGGCUAAUGGUUAUAAAAUGAAAGAUGGUAGACUUCAAUUAGAUAUCAGGAAUAAAUAUUUUACUGUGAGGGUGGUGAGACACUGGAAGAGGUUGUCCAGAGAAGCUGUGGAUGCCCCCUCUCUGAAACUUUUCAAAGCCAGAUUGGAUGAGGCUUUGAGCCACCACAUCUAGUAAAAGGUAUUCCUGACCAAGGUGUCUUCCAACCCAAACCAUUCUAUGAGUCUAUGAUCCCAGAUACCUCCUGCAUUUCCCCACCUACCUGUUGUGCCUUGUCCUCUCUUAAAGUAGUACUUUUUUAAUUUAGUUCUAAGAAUCCAGACAGAAAAGCAGUCAAACGCAAACAAGAAAAACAAGGUUCAAAUAAUAGUAUGAUAAGAAAGGGUUUUUCCUCCCAGUUUCUCACAGCAGUUCUGUUGAUUAACGAGAGAAGCAGGACAUAUAGGAGGACCUGGUUAGAAAAGUGGAUGUUCUAUGCUAUGUUUAACAAAUGUCUUUCUGAUGGUUGUGUUUGUGAGCCUAAACUAUCUGUAUCUCUAUACAGAAUAACAUGAGCUGUAAUGCGAAUCUCUUCAUAAGGUAGAAUCAUAGAUGUUGCUUGAACUCUGACAAGCUUCGUGCCAUAACUGCUUCCCCUGGAAGCCUGUUCCAGUGACUCACCACCUCUUAGUGAAGAGCCUUUACCGAAAGCCCAAUAUGAACUUCCCCAAUGUAGCUUCAUACCAUUUCCUUCUAUUUUAUCACUGGUCACCAGAGAGAGAUCAGCACCUUCCUCUCUGCUGCCCACCUUGAAGACAUUGUAGACUACAAUGAGGUCACUGCUCAGCCUUCUUUUCUCCCAGCCGAAGAAAACACGUGAUUUCCAACACUCCACAUUGUUCUAGUUUGAGCUAAAGCAGAAUUAUUUUUUUAACUUCUCAGCUAAGCUUUGUUUAAGUAACUUCAUUUUCUGAAAGUUAACUAUGUGUUUUUGUAGACUUUCUGUCUUCAGAAACUUAAAGUUUAUGAUUACCACCAAAGUAACAAGGCAUUGGUAUGCAGAAAUUUCAUUGCUUACAUGUAUCCCUACAAAAAUCAAGGACGUCAUCAAGCUGGUGAUAUACUGUCAGUCAAAGGGGUGAAAAAGAGUUGACCUGCAGGGAGGAGCAGACAGGACAGGUCACCUAAAACUGACCAACAGAGCAUUCCGUUCCAUAUAGGUCAUACUCAGUAUAAAUUGGAGGGUUCAUAAGAGCCAAGCCCUCUUCUUCAAUGACUGAUGUCUAAUACUGAUCUCAUCUGCCCUUUUGCCCCUGAUCCCAGAUCCCUGCAUUCCUGAAUCCAGUUCCUGAGCUCAGCUCCCAUCUGCUGCUGUAUCCAGCCUGAGACCUUUUCCCCAUUCCCACUCUGCAGCUUCAGUG